CCCCGCCACGAGUGACAUCAUCGCGGAAAUCCGGGGAAUGCCCGGAUUCUUGGAAUGCUUCAAGUCCGGGAGGAAGGACUGAGGAGUAGUCCUCCUCUUCUCCCUCUUUUCUCCUCAUUCAGGAACCAACCUGCCUGCCACCCUGCCACAGCUCUCCAUGAUCACCGCGCUUCUCCUCCGCGGCCAUGAUUCCGUCUGGGCGUCUCUCCACGCCGUCAUCCUCAACAUCCCCCCUUCGCGACUCCGCAUCUUCCCCUUCCUGGCCGGCUUGGUCUGGUUCCUGACUCUGUCUGCUCUGCUCCUGACCUGGCUCGGUCGUGGCAUGCCCAAGUACCCGGGCCAAAGCAAUCCCCAUGUCGCCUUCAUCUCCGACAUCGCCUCGUUCGAAUUGAAGCCCCUCUUCCUCGUCGGUGCCUCCAUGACCGCCGUCGGAUUCCUGUUCACCGUCGCUGCCGUCCAUGUCGUCCGCUACGAGCCCGGAUUCGCCCUGGUGCGAUGUCCCCAUCCCGACAACGAGAACACUCCCCCUUCCCUUCACGACCCUGAAAACAACAACACCGCCCCGGAUAUACACCGUCACAUCACCCCAGCCAACGAAGACGAAGACGAAGACGAAGACGAAUGUGAAGACCUCGACACCCUCAAAACCCUCAAAGUCAUCUCUCUGUUCUCCAUCUUCGCCUCCGGAAUGGCAAGCACCGCGCUCAUCCUGCUCGGCGUCAUGGAUACCUUCCGCUACAAGUACGCCCACCAUAUCUUCCUCCGUAUCUGCUUCGGUGGUCUGGCUAUCCAGUCCGCCGGCACCGCAAUCGUGUAUUCCAAUGAGGUCCUGAGCUUUGCGUCCUAUCUGUACCAUUGGGGCAUGUGGCAGCAUAACUGGGGAAAGAGGAGUCUCCGAGUGAGAGUUUUCGCAUCCCUCUCGACCAUCCUAAUCCUCAUCCAACUCUUCCUCGGCGUAGCUUUUAUCUCCCUCACCGUCCCCGAAGACGCGCAUGACUACCGCACCGCCGGCAUCAUCGAAUGGAUCAUCGCCUUCCUGGGCACUAUCUACCUCUGGCUAUUUUGCGGCUUCUUCGAUCGAACAAACUUCGACGGCUACAUCUACUCCGUUUUAUAUGAAUCCGCUGCUAACGGAAAACUUCCCAUCCGUGGGCCUUUGUCUGGAGUCGCGGGGUCUUCGCAUACGGAAAGGGAUUCGGAGCGCGCCCCGUUGCUCUCUACUGCGUCUGGGACGGGGCGGUAUACAUGA